AGCCUGUCACGUAGAUUGAUUGAUUCAAUUCUGCAUUUCUUUCUCUUUAAGCUGGAGUUUUGCUUUUCCUUUUUAAUCCCUUGUACCUCAGAAGCGCAAUUUAAAGAAAAUCCAUAUCUGAUCACCAUAAGGUCUCCUGGUCUUUUUUUUUUUUGGUUGGAUGGUUAAGGCUGACAGCUCCUGGCCUUGUCCACGGAAUGUGGCUUGGCAAGCACCUUAUUUGAAUAGCUCCAGCACAUUGCGGGAGCCUAGGUCAUGUGGCCUUCCAGCACACCUAAACACUAGCACCUGCAACUUUCCUGGACAUAAAGCUUUUCCUGGACUCCCACUUCCUGGUUUCUUGAAUCUUGGGGCUGAGCCAACAGAGGAAUUGCGAGGAUUCCUGCAGUUUCCCAAUCAUCACCAGUCUGGAGAUAUUGAAGCAGUUUCAGAACAAUUUUUGAAAGAAAGAUAUGUUGGAGGGGCCAUGCGACAUGAUAAUCCUGCAUCUCUGCAGAAAAAGUUUCUUAUUUUUGACCAAUCUAGUGAUAGGACGAGGCUGUUCUACAGUCCAAUUUUCCCCUAUGUUCAAAGUCCAAAUGUUGCUCCCAAUAAAUUUGUUCAAUCAUCUGGUGAAAUUAAGAUGGGACAGGCAGCUAGUACAGAUGAAAAUUAUCCAAUGAAAUACAGUUUACCGGAAGACUCUAAUGAAAAUCAUAUUAUUGAUGAGGAAAGUGAACUGCAUGAAGACACGGAAGAAAUUAAUGCCUUGCUUUACUCAGAUGAAGAUGUUGAUUAUUACAGUGAUGAUGAUGAGGUUGCAAGUACAGGUUGUUCUCCACUGGCAACUAAAAGAACUUAUGUGAUGCAAGAUCAAUUUGCGAAUAUGAAGGAGGAGGUUGCAAGCUCGGUCCAGCCAACUAAAAGGCAGAAAUUAAAUGAUGAUGGGUACGAGAGAUCAUCACCAAUCAACAGUGCUAUUUCAGUAAGACUAAUUGACACAUGUGACUAUCUCAGUGAUGCAGAAUCGAAGUAUUCCACCAGCCAGGUGUAUUCUGCUAAGCCAACUAGGGGAGAAGAGAAUUCAUUGAUGGGUGAUAUUCAAUUUAAAAAGGAUAAGAUCCGUGAAUCAUUGAGACUUCUUGGGAAUCUGGUUCCUGGAGCAAAGGGAAAAGAGCCCCUGUCAGUCAUUGAUGGAACCAUUGAAUACUUGAAAUCUUUGAUGCCCCAAACUGGUACCCCUGGAUUUGGACUCUCAGACAUUUAACUGUUCGCUGCUGCUGUAGUAUGUCGGCUGUAGGAGGCUAGAAUGGUUAAUCUUGAAUCAGCAUGCUCUUUUUCUUUAUUUUAUUUUAUAAUCCUCUUUCUCGAGGUUUUAUUUGUAUGGGUGGUGAAAAGUAGCGGCAAUAAAUAGUACUGGAAAAAUGGGGAUUGGUUGUAUGGACCAGAAUUGUUGUCUCUUAACUUUUCAGAGGAUUGAAGAUCAAAGGCCAUGGAUUGAAGGGACGGGAGAAGGUGGUGGUGGGCUAUGCUGUAAAUGAGGACACUUUUUUUUCCCUCAAGUGUUGAACUUUCCUCUUGGUUGAAUGCAUGCGCGUUAGGUGACUGGGGUCCCACUUUCCACCCUCAAUUCAUUCUUGUUGUUAUGCUUUUGUUGUCCUCUCUUCCAAGCUAGCGCGCAUAUCAUGCUGGCAUAAAUUCUAAAGUACCAACAAAGUUUCACAUGUUGGAGAAGUGCUUGAAGGUGGUGCGUGGUGUUAUCAUCAAGAGUCUGUGCUGGGGCCCUCUCCUCUUCCUCUCUCUCUCUCUCUCUCUCUCUCUCAAAUGCACCAUUUGUGGUAAAAGGUUGCUUUGUUUUACAUGUUGGAAAAUGACAAGCUAUUCUAGUUUUUAGGUUGUAAUUGAGAGGUGGGUUGAUUGUUCUUGGUGUCCUUUUCUUGAUGCUGCUGUGUAUUUCAGUGUGUGUGUGUGUGGGUGAAUAAUUGGGGUGUGAUAGUGGUGUGGCAGGUUUGAAAUUUGAAUGUGUUCAGCUUUAUGACUGGCACACAGUUUGCUUUCUCAUGUUUUGUGUGUUGUGUGUUGUGUAUCUGUGGAUCAAUUCCUAUAAAUCUCGGAUUCCUCUAUUGAUUGUUUGAGGAUCUUUUAUUGUGAA